UAGACUUCAAACUAGCAAAAAUGUUCUCAAAGGUCGCAGUUUUCGCUUUAUUGGUGGCUGUUGCUCAAUGCAGCGCCGUCCAUGGAGGUGGCUACUCCAGCUUCUCCUAUGGAGUAGCGGACCCCCACACCGGUGACGUCAAGAGCCAGCACGAGACCCGCCACGGUGACAACGUGGUCGGCCAAUACUCCCUCAUUGACUCUGAUGGAACCCGCAGGACUGUUGACUACGCUGCUGACGCCCACAAUGGUUUCAACGCUGUUGUGCGCAAAGACCCAGCUCUGGUAGCCCACGCUCCCGCUGUUGUCGCCGCUCCCAUCGCUCACGCCGCACCCGUCGCAUACGCUGCUUCACCUGUCGCAUACGGAGCUCACGCUUACGCCGCCCCUGCCUACGCCGCAUCCGCCUACGCCGCUCCAGCUUACUCUGCUCACGCCGCUCCCCUUGCCUACAACUCAUACGCCGCUCCAGUCGCCGUCAACGCCUACGCUGCCGCUCCAGUCGCUGUCAACACCUAUGCUGCCGCUCCUCUCGCCCAUGGAGCCGUCUCUUACGGUUCUCCCUUGGGUUACGGUUACGGCGCUCAUGGUCUUAACGCCCGUCUUGCCUGGUGAUUUAUCUGAAUUAAGAAAAGUCAAUGUCUGUGAUCUACUUUAAUUUAAAAAAAUAAACAUAUUUAUGUGCA